GGGAGUCCGCGGCCACGCGCGCUCUGAUGGCCCCCGAGGCUGAACGCCCGGCGGGAGCGCGGCCCUAGGAAUGCGCGCAGCGAAGCCCGGGGCUCGCAAGGUAAGGAGGAGGCGGAUGCCCAGGCAAAGUUGAUUGGCGCGAGGAGGACGCCGGUCCGUGCCCUCUCCGCGCUGGGCACAGCCGAGCGACUUGGACUUGACCUCGCCGCGGCCCGGGCGCGCUGCGCACAGCCGAUCUGCCGCCCCUGGCCGGAGCGCACUUGCAAACUUGGUGGAGGUGCCCGGAGCACCCUGUUGUGUAACCGCGGCGCCGCCAGCCGGACGGGGAAGUUGCCCGGACGCCCUUCAGCAGCCUUCGGUCGCAGCCCCGGGCGGAUUUCAUGGCCCGCGGGAAACGCGUGGCCACAACCGGCGUGGGCCAGUCCCCGCGCGCCGGGAUCCGUGGGGACCCCACGCGCGCGGACCCUUCCUGUCGCCCGCUCCUCCGAUGCGCGCUGCGCCCCUCGCCGCCCGCUCGCCGCGUUCUGCCGCCGGGAGCUGCUGCCUGAGCUGGGGGGAGAAUGACCGAGGUGCCUUGGCAGGUGGUCCCCAAUGGGACGGACGCCGCCUUCCUGGCCGGCCUGGGCUCGCCCUGGGGAAACAGUACAGUCGCCUCCACCGCCACAACUGCAGGCUCCUUCAGAUGUGCUCUAACCAAGACUGGCUUCCAGUUCUACUACCUGCCGGCUGUCUACAUCUUGGUGUUCAUCAUCGGCUUCCUGGGCAACAGCGUGGCCAUCUGGAUGUUCGUUUUCCACAUGAAACCUUGGAGUGGGAUCUCCGUGUACAUGUUCAACUUGGCUCUGGCCGACUUCUUGUACGUGCUGACCCUGCCGGCCCUCAUCUUCUACUACUUCAACAAGACUGACUGGAUCUUCGGGGAUGCCAUGUGCAAGCUGCAGAGGUUCAUCUUCCACGUGAACCUGUAUGGUAGCAUCCUGUUCCUGACCUGCAUCAGUGCACACAGGUACAGUGGCGUGGUGUACCCACUUAAGUCUCUGGGCAGGCUCAAGAAGAAGAACGCAGUCUAUGUCAGCGUGCUGGUGUGGCUCAUUGUGGUGGUGGCCAUCUCUCCUAUUCUCUUCUAUUCUGGCACCGGGAUCCGGAAAAACAAAACCAUCACCUGCUACGACACGACCUCCGACGAUUACCUACGAAGUUAUUUCAUCUACAGCAUGUGCACAACAGUAGCCAUGUUCUGCAUCCCGCUGGUGCUGAUCCUGGGCUGUUAUGGAUUAAUUGUUAGAGCUUUGAUUUAUAAGGACCUGGACAACUCGCCUCUAAGGAAGAAAUCCAUUUACCUGGUGAUAAUUGUCCUCACGGUUUUUGCUGUGUCUUACAUCCCUUUCCAUGUGAUGAAAACGAUGAACUUGCGGGCCAGGCUGGAUUUCCAGACCCGGGAAAUGUGUGCUUUCAACGACAGGGUUUAUGCCACUUACCAGGUGACAAGAGGUCUAGCCAGUCUCAACAGUUGUGUGGACCCCAUUCUUUAUUUCUUGGCUGGAGAUACUUUCAGAAGAAGGUUGUCCCGAGCCACCAGGAAAGCUUCCAGAAGAAGUGAGGCAAAUUUGCAAUCCAAGAGUGAAGAAAUGACCCUCAACAUUUUGUCUGAGUUCAAGCAGAAUGGAGACACAAGCUUAUGAAGGCACAAGACCCAAGCACUUCACUUUUGUAAGAUGGCCUAAAGAAGUCCCUGGGAUGAUCUAUGCUAAUGGUGAAAGCACACAGAGGGUCAUGAUGAAGCAGUGAUCUAUUGGCUGAAAAGCCAAUUCAUGCCACGUGAUGAUGAGUAAGUAUUCUGAUAGUGAAGUCAGGAAUCUGUUGACAUUUGGACAAAAGACAGAUGAACAUUGUAGGAUAUAUGUAGUCAUUGAAUUUCACACUACAAAAAUAUUAUAAUUCCAAGUUCAAGAUUUUGUAAGUACUUACAAAUUGGUAUCUUUGACUCCUUGAACACUGAUUGGAAUGUAUUUUAAAAUAAAAAUGAGAGGAAAUUUAGCACACAAGUCAGAAAUGAAAAUUUAAACCAUGAUGUGACCCCUGAGAAACUGGGACUCCUGACCUUCGAAAACUAUUCUUUAUGAACAGAAAAGGUGACAGGACAUCCAUUUGUUGAUGCCAUAGGGACUGAAAAGCAGACAGCCAGGAGUGUGUGGAAUCUGCUACUAUGCUUCCCAGGACUUCUUUAGUCUGGUCCUUGAACAACAGUUCUUACAGUGUUCAACAGCUAAGGUGUGGAUAGAGUCACAACCAGCAAGUCUCUAUCUACUCAGCCAGGACACGGAAUCAUCUUUUGAUUUGACAGAUGUCAAUACUUAACAGCAGCUGGAGUUCAACUAGUGACUGGACCUAAAAGAUGUGAUGUGAAUAAGGAUGUACUAAAGCUUUAACUUUGCUGGUCAAAUUGUAACUAUUGUAAAAGUAUUUAUUGAUGAUGCUCAUGGGCCCUCAGUUGUACAGAUUGUAAACUUCCUUGAAGAUAAAACAUAGUGAUGUAACUUAUAUUUAUUGUAAUGUAUAAUAUUCAAUUGUCACACUGGUGCAUUUUCCGAUAAUAUGCAUAGAUAAAAUGAGAGUUAUAGUUAAGGGUGAUAUUCAGAUAUUAGUAUCUUUAAACAUUUAACAUGUCAGUUUUUAUUUAGGCCUGAAAUAUGAAAAUCUGUUUUAUGACAAGUGCUUAAUUUUCCCUCCAUAUUUGCAUGCUUUCCCUUUUAUUUAGGAUUCUUCUUAUAUAUACAUAAUUUGGUGUUAGAUUGUUAUAAGAUUCAUAGUAUAAAAUAAGUUAGCCAGACAGGUCCUGUAUUCUGUACAUUUUUCAUGUAUAUUAUAGAAAAGAUUAUGUUGUCUUUCCAGAAAGUUUCAAAUUUUGUCCCAACUGGUCAGAGCUCCCACUACCGGGGGCAAAAGAUGUGUAGCAUAUUCAAACUUAAUCUUAUGAUCUCAAAGUACAUUGGGUUGAGCAUUAUGGAUAGAAUAUUAAAAUUUAAAGAUAUACUUUAGCAAGAUGGAGAGGAAAAAAAAAAAACAGAACCUUCAGCUGACAGAGCCAUUUACUCUGAUCCACCCUGAAAGUUUUGCAAUGUGUUGUAAGGUGACUUAGUAAAAUCUUAACUUUAAGGUGGAGUUGCUACAUUACAGUACCAGCAACUUCAACAUUGCUAUUAAUUUUAAAGUGUUUUCUUUGGGCCCUUGAUAACUUUAAUUCCAAGUUUUUUAGUGUUUUUUUUAGUGAUCAUUUGGCUGCUAAAUUAUGUUACAGUUUUCUUUUCAUUUUGUGUGCAUUGUAGUAUACACAGCAUUACAAAUUAAAAUGAAGGUGAAUAUAUGUUAAAUAUCAAAAUUUGUGAAUUUGAAUUAUGUUGUUUCAGUGCUUUUGCAAGAAAAUGUUUAUUUUUAUAUAUUAUCUGUGAUUUUCAUGUAGAUAAUUGAACCAGAUUUCUUUGUGAUUAACAGUGCUAUUGAGUGGUACGAAACAGUGUUACUUGACGUUUUGAGCCUUCUCAGGUUUAUCUGAAUCUGGUAGCUUAACAAAACCUGGACAAAUUGUGCAUAAUUGUGUUUUUAAUAAAAAGGAAGUGUAUUUCCUGUAAAAGCAUGCAGGAGUAUGAACAAUCUUAUAGGACUCUGUGUGUGUUUGUGUGAGUGUAUGAAUGUGUGUCUGAGACAUGACUGCCAACUGUCUACCUGUCAUUUAUACAGCAGAGCUUCAUAAUUGUGGCUACCAGAAUUGUACUUGUCAUAGACAACUAACUCUGAGAAAGACUCAAUAAAACUAUGAA